AUGCCGUCUGCUGCACUUUUAAACAGCAGCAGGGAGGGCCCCUCAUUUGCCAAGAUUUCUGCUGCUUCUCCUUCGCAGUCGCCGCGCCGCCGCUGCAGCAGACGCAGCAUUAGCAGCAGCAGCAGCAACAGCAGCAGCUGCUACGAAGUGGACCAGCCUGGCAGCAACAGCAGCAACAGCAGCAACAGCAGCAGCAGCAGCAGUGGGUCUACACCGCCACGAGCCCAGCGGCGGUCCCGCGGCGCAGUCAAAGCGACAGCCACUAGCAACAGCAGCAGCAGCAGCAGCAGCAACAGCAGCAGCAGCAGCAGCAGCAGCAGAGCCAACAGACGGGUAGCUGUCUCUAAGGGGACCCAAAGCAGCACGAAGGCCCCCAAGACCUCCCGAAGUUCGGCCCGCAGUCUGCUUUCCACAUGCAGCAGCAGCAGCAGCAGGAGCGGCAGCAGCAGCAGCAGCAGCAGCAAGAGCAUCUUCGGGUGCGGCCUGCUGGCAACGCAAGCUGCUGCUGCUGCUGCUGGAGAAGACAAGACACCCACUCGCCUGCGGCCUGCUGCGUCUCCUCUGAAUGUUGCAAAGCCCCGUGCUGCAGCAGCUGCUGCUGCUGCUGCUGAUCCUAGCAGCAGCAGCAGCAGCAGCUUCUCAUGGUAUGAGGCAGCAGCUCCCAGGUGUACGGACACGCUGCAGAGCGUCCACCCUGCUGCGAAAGUGUCGCAGCUGAUUGACUUCCUGCGGCCAUACGCUACUGCUGCUGCUGCUGCAGCAGCAGCAGCAGCAGCAGCGGGGCCUUUUCAAGUGCAGCAGAAGCAGCAGAACCGCGAGAAGCGCAUGAAGAAUGAAGAAAAUUGCCCCGCGCAGCGUGUCUUCAUGGACGUCGAUGGGCUUCCACCGAACAGCAGCAGCAGCAGCAGCAGCAGCAGCAGCAGCAACAAUAGCAGCAGCAGCAGCAGCAGCAGGUUGCCUGCUGCAUGCAUCUGCGUGCUGCAGGGGCCUUCAGGGUGCGGCAAGCGGUGGCUAGUGCUGUCUGCUGCUGCGUCUCUGGGUCUGCGGGUUUUGGAGUUCGACGAAGCAGCAGCAGCAGCUGCUGCUGCUACUGCUGCAGGGAAGACAGCAGCAGCAGCAGCAGCAGCAGCAGCAGGACCCCGCUGCAGCUCAGGCGAGCCGCUGUCUCUGGGGUCAGCUCUUCUGGCGUUUAUCUCGGAGGCCCAAAAACGCAAAGCUUUGCCGCUGGACCUCGGCAGCAGCAGCAGCAGCAACAGCAGCAGCAGCAGCGGCAGCAGAAGAGGGGGGGCUGGCGUGGUGCUGCUGCGCCAGCUGCCAGCAACUUUGCUGCAGCACUCGCCGAGCUUCACCCGUCAGCUGCAGCAGCUGCUGCAGCAGCGCCUGCAGCCCUACCAGCAGCAGCAGCAACAGCAGCAGCAGCAGCAGCAGCAGCAGCGCGUGGCUGCGCAGCCACUCGUACUGUGCGUAGGAGACUCCUGGGAGCAGCAGCGGCUGCUGCAGCGGCUGCUGCCGCCGCAUUUGCUGUCGAGCUCGGGGGUUUGUUUUAUUAAAUUAAAUCCGCCCACUGAGACGCAGGUGCUGCGGCUGCUGCAGCGGGCGCAGCAGCAGACAGCAGCAGAUCUGCAGCAGCGGGGCCUUGCUGCCGCUGCAGCACGUGUUGCUGUUGCAGACACUGCAGCAAUUGCUGCUGCUAGCAAGGGAGACCUAAGGCAGGCACUUUGCAGCCUCCAGCUUGCUGCUGCUGCACCUGCUGCUGCACCUGCUGCUGCUGCUGCUGCUGCGGGGCUGCAGACGCCUCCGCGCCGCGCGGGAGGGAGACAGACAGGAGCAGCAACUGCUGCAGCAGGCGCAGCAGCAGCAGCAGCAGCAGCAGCAAAGUGGUGUAAAGACUUACAGCUAGUCUCUUUUCACGCUUUGGGAAAGUUUCUUUACGGAAAACGAUUUCCCAGCUGCACCCAGGAGCAGCAGCAGCAACAGCAGCAGCAACAGCAGCAACAGCAGCAGCAACAGCAGCAACAGCAGUUGACUGAGCCUCCGCACUACCCAGAAAGCUCAAUGACAUCAGCAACAGUAGCAGCAACAACAGCAGCAGCAGCAGCGGGAAUAUGGGGAGGCAUGUUUUGGCGUCCA